GGCUUGCUGCUCUUGCUGCCUCUUCCUGCUUUGGUUCUGGAACUCUCUCUCUCUUUCUGGCUCUACAAACCCUCCCAGAGCGUUUGCCGAAGCGAUCUCGGAAAGGACCGCGGCUGAACCUUCGCCCUUCCCAGCGGGCGCUCACGUUAACCCCUGAUGGCCCGUAGGGGCGGGUGUUGUGCUGCUGUCUCUCGAGCCGGAGAGCUUUUUCGUGGCCUCCGAGUCCGGCGUUUAAGGCAGUUGCCGGCUUUGCCUCCCCGCUGAAGGGGCCCUCUACCCAGAACGGACCCCUUGUCAGAACUGGAGCAAGACCCGCCAUGGAGGACCUUAGGCAGCCCCACCCGUUGCCUUUGCCCAGCCCCGCGCACCAGGAGGAAGCAGAUGAAAGGACAACUCUGAUUUAUAAACGGAGGAAUAAACAAGGAACUAGUAACCUCUCAUCAGCAGCUUUUAAUAUUAUCAACUCUAUCAUAGGAUCGGGUAUAAUAGGCCUGCCUUAUUCUUUGAGGGAAGCUGGCUUUCCCUUAGGAAUACUGCUGCUGUUGUGUGUGGCCUACAUCACAGAUUAUUCUAUUAUCUUGCUGAUUAAAGGAGGGAGCCUAUCUGGUGCAAACAGCUAUCAGUCGCUGGUCAAUAAAACAUAUGGCUUUAUGGGGUACCUUCUUCUUUCAGCUCUUCAGUUUUUAUACCCUUUUAUUGCAAUGAUUAGCUACAACAUUAUAACAGGAGAUACUCUGACAAAAGUUUUUCAGAGAAUUCCUGGCGUUGAUCAAGAUAAUUUACUUAUUAGUCGCCAUGUCAUCAUUGUGUGUGUCACCCUUAUCUUCACUCUUCCUCUUUCUCUUUAUCGGAAUAUAUCAAAACUAGGGAAGGUAUCUUUUCUCUCUUUGGUUUUAACAGUUGUCAUCCUGGUUGUUGGGCUCAUAAGAACAAUUACGUUUAGUUCUCAGAUACCCCAAACGGAAGAUGCCUGGGUGUUUGCAAAGCCAAAUGCGAUCCAAGCCAUCGGGGUGAUGUCAUUUGCAUUCGUUUGCCAUCACAAUAGUUUUUUAAUUUAUGGCUCUCUGAAAGAGCCCACGUUAAGCAACUGGGCUCGUGUCACACACACGUCUGUUUCCUUUGCUGUGUUCAUCAGCUUGGUUUUCGCUAUCUGUGGAUAUGUGACAUUUAGAGGAUAUACAGAAGGAGACAUAUUUGAAAAUUAUUGCAGAGACGAUGACCUUGCUACCUUUGGAAGGUUUUGUUAUGGGGUCACUGUCAUCUUGACUUUCCCAUUAGAAUGCUUUGUUACCAGAGAGGUCAUUGCCAAUGUGUUUUUCAGUGGAAAACUCACAACUGCUUGGCAUGCCACCUUAACGGUCAUAGUUGUGGUUGUAGCUACAAGCAUCUCUUUAGCAUAUGACUGCCUUGGAAUCGUUUUGGAGCUGAAUGGGGUCCUCAGUGCAACUCCACUGGUCUUCAUCCUGCCAGCGGCCUGCUACCUGAAGGUGUCUGAAGAGCGAUGGACCCAUCCUGACAGCCUUCUCUCUGCACUGAUCCUCACUGUAGGGGUGCUGGUGAUGAUUGUCGGCUUUGUGAUGACAGUCCUGCAUCCCCAGGAGUGCGGCCAUGGAAAAGAAAUGCCAUACUGCUUCCCUGGAAACUCUUCCCUCUACAACAACACGCUUCCAUCUCCUCAGCCAACUCAUCAGCCCUCCGUUUAAACAAAGGCUUCCUGGCAAACACGGUCAAUUGUAAAUGUGGUUUUUAAUGAGACUUUUGAGUUAUACAUUUUGGGGUUGUGUUUGUGUGUGUUUUUUUAAAGAAAUACUUGUCGGUUAGGUCUGUAUGUAAAACUCUAGUUUGUGGUGGGUUGUUUUUAAAAACGUGAAUAUUAAAGCUUGGGGAUUUAUUUAUUUUUUUUUGUA